AUGAAUUUGCCAAAAUACCACGAUGUCAUUAAUUUAUUAUUAAAAAAAAAUGUAGAAGAAGCCAUUGAAGUUUUGGCAGAUAUAAAUGAACUUCACCCUCAACUGGAAAAUACUAAUAAAAUCACAUGCAAAUUUGUUUUAAUAAGUUUGCAUGCAUUAAAGAAACUUUCAGAAUAUUGUAAUUACGACUCACCUUCUAAUUUAUUAAGUAUUCAACAACAACAAAAAAUUAAAAUUUUACUACAGAUGGUAUUUUCUUUAGGAUUAACUCCUUUUUUACUUAAAGGUGUAAAUACUCCUUUAAAAAAUAAAACAUUUCAACUUCGUUUGCUAAAUCUCGAGGAAUUGUCUUUAAUAGAGUCUUAUGAAUUGAUGACAGAAGUAGUCAGGUCACUUAUUCACAUACUUUCAACUCCAUGUUUAAGAGCUUUAAUUCUUGGACAUUUGGGAGAUCUAAUGUCUGCUUUACUUCAAGUUAACUAUGCUGGAAAAUUAAAAAAACCGAUGGAAAAUUCAUUACCGGAGAACAACAGUGAAACGAGUAAAACAUUUGUUAUGACCGAAAAAUGGUAUGAGCGCUUAUUAAAAGACAGAAAUGAUUUUACAGUUAUGUAUCAUAAAUUAGUUGAUAAUAUUUACAAACCUUUAGUUAUAAAAGAGUUGCUAAUAUUAUUAUCUCCUACGAAAAGCAUUGAAAACGAUGAAGUGAUUCUUCCACCACCAUGGCUAAGAAAUGCUGUAUCAAAAAAAUUAACAGAAUAUUUAGUUAGUUCCGGUGGAGUUUUUCUUGUUAUGAGGGCUAUGUGCGAAUCUACAUCGGAUAAUAUUAAUUGGAAAAAAGUGGAAAUUUUAGCAAAGUUGAUAUCAACUGUUCACGAUAAUUAUUCUGAAGAAAAAUAUUAUUCUACUGUCGGUCCUCAAAUAAUAUCGUUAUUAGGCACUACUGGUGCAUAUUGUAUUCCGGUUGCAAAAUAUUGUAUAAAAAAUAUUUAUCAGCACAAUGCAGACAUAGCAAACAAAUACAUUUUUGACAGACUAUUUGAAAUGUUUAUCAUAUGUUCCAAACCGGUUUCAGAAAAUUUUAGCGGAACAUUAGUCAGUGAGGAUUCAUCAUCUAGAUGUAUCGAGUAUUUAACAAAAUGUUUUUCUCCUGGAGUAACUGAAUCAUCAGUUCCUAUGUCAAUAUUGACCAGAAUAAUUAAAAUUAUGUACAAAUUAUAUAUGAAAAUAUCGAAAAGUGCUUACCAUCAUAAAUCUGCUAUACAAGAUUUAUUAAUUGAAUUUUUGAAUUCUGAAAAAGAUUUAACAAAAUUAAAAGCAAUUUAUGAUUCUCUUAUUUUUGGAGAACCUCACAAAGACAUGCUCGAAAUGAACAGAGAUUUGGAAUUUCAAUUUGGACCCAUGGGAGGCAUUCAAGUUGGUAAAAUUCAAAAUGAAGAAAUAUCGAAUAGUGUUUCAGGUUUAGAAAUACAAUUAGAAUUCGAAGCUGCUGGCGAUUACAUUUUAGACUUAUUAAGUAGUCGAUCUGACGUGUCGAGAAGUUUAUUGACAAAUUUAUUUACAUUACUUUUAUCUGCUUUAACAAAUUUUUAUGAUUCUAAAAUUGACAUGCCAUGUGAUUUGAAUCAUGAUUUUUUAAGCGUUGAUGAAUUGUUAGUUUUUUUAGUUAAAGUCGCUCAAAAAAAAAUUAUAACCGUCAAAUUAUUAGCAGUAUUAGCUGAAAACGUGCAAGUUAUGGAAUCGAUUCAAGAAAAACCGGAAACGGUUUUUAAUUUUGUUAAAAAUUUACUGGAAGUAAAAGCCAAAGACAUCGUGAGGGAAAACGAAAUGCUCGCGAUAAAAAAAGAUGAAUGCGAUGAUGAGGAUCCUUCAAAGGAAAAUGUGGAAGAUAUUUUCGUCGCUUUGGCAGUUAUAGACAUAAUGACGGUAAAUGUAAAAACUAAUUCUGAUCGUUGGGACAAGUGUAAGAGUUUUUUGAAUCCAUUAGAAAUAAUAAAAACUAAUUGCAAAGAUGUACAAGUUCAGUACCUGGCCGAUAUAUUAUAUAAUCGUAUAUGCACUCACGGAGCCGUUUCAGGUUCGAAAAAACCACAAAUUCGACCGUUCAAAGAUGGGAAAAAAAUGAAAAUGACGAAUGGGAAAAAAAAUUCGAAAAGUACCAACGUGUUCGUGAAUGGGAAUGAAGAAAAAUCAAAUACCAAAGAAGAAGAACGGGAAAAAAAGGAUAGGAAACUCAUUGUGGAAAUGGAUGCGCCCACGGAAGAUGAGUGCGAAUUUAAUAAAAUAUACGAAGACAUUCGUUCCGUUGAUGUUCCCACACGUGGUCACGCGAUACUCGAGCUUAAUAAAUUAAUUAAAAAUAGAAAUCCGCACGUUUUAUCGAAGAAAGAAUAUAUUUUUUCGGUAUUGAAGUGUAAUUUGAAACACGAGGACACUUACAUAUAUUUAUCGGCCAUUAACGCUUUGGAAACAUUGGGAUACGUUCAAAAACCUGGGGAAAUAUUCGAAAUACUCUGUGAGGAAUACACCGUGUACAAAAAAGAUUCUAGCGAAGUUCAAUUGAAAAUAGGAGAAGUUUUAAUGAGGUUGACACGAGGACUCGGAGAAGUAGGACCGAAAUACAAGGAUUUAUUGAUCAAUACAUUUUUAUUCGGUACAAAAAGUCCGGACGAAAUUUUGAGAGCUUCUAGUCUAUCUAAUCUCGGAGAACUUUUAAAAAUAAUGGGCUAUUGCGUCAGUAGCGUGAUACAAGAAGUUUUCAUGUGCACGAAAUGCAUAGCCAGCACAGACAAAUCAGACACGGUUAGAAGAGCGGCUGUUAUGGUCAUAGAAUUUUUACUGCAAGGAGUUACGGGAAAUUCAUUUAUGGUUCUCGAAGGCGUUAUCCGAGAUUUGUACAGGACUCUUCUUCACAUAUACAAAACGGAUAAGGAUGACGUAACGAAAUUACACGCGGAACUCGCAUUGGCCGAAAUCAAUCGUCUCGUCAAUUUAUCCGUAAAUAGAGAAUUGAAAUUAGAAAAACAAAUCGGAAUAUUAAAUCUCAAUUCCUAG